AUCAACACCUAUUCCGAUUUUCACAUCCAAACUCGGGAGUUACAGAAAGAGAGAGAGAGAGAGAAUGGACGCCAUCGAUUCUGUGUUCGAUCCCCUCAGAGAAUUCGCAAAGGACAGCGUCAGGCUCGUCAAGCGCUGCCACAAACCCGACCGCAAAGAAUUCUCCAAGGUUGCCGUGCGUACCGCAAUUGGUUUCGUCGUGAUGGGAUUCGUCGGUUUUUUUGUGAAGCUCAUUUUUAUUCCAAUUAACAACAUCAUCGUCGGAUCUGGUUAGGAUGAAGGGAACUGCAAUCGUCUCAGAAUUCAUGUUGUGAAGCAAAAUAGGAGGCAGAAGGAGUUCCCACUUUAAUAGAUCAUUCAAUGCCCUUAAUCUUAGUUCUGCUGUUUUUCAUUUUUUGUUUUUCCUUAUCUCCGGAUGCUUUACUUAUUUUAGGUGUAAAAUUUUAUUUACCCUUUGUUUAGACCUUGACACAUUGUUUUGAUUUAGGAAAAGGAGGAAAAAUGGAUUGUGAAACUGCACUCUUGUUUCUAUUCAUGUUAACUUUAACUUUCUAGCUAUUUUUAUGAUCAAUCAUUCAAUC